AUGUUAAUUGGUUCUGCGAGACGAGCAGCGGGCUGGCCGCAGGGCCCCGCGCUCUGCCCGGCCCUCGCCCCACCGCGACCCGCGGCCGCCCCGGCGCUGCGCGGCCCCGGCGCUGCGGCCCCGCGGCCUCCCCGCUCCGCGGCCCGGCCACGGGAAGGGCUGCGCCCGCCCGCCCGCCGAGCCCUCCGCAGGCACCGGCAGCUCCCCGGGAGCGGCUCCUGGAAGCCAACGGGUGCCGGCCCCGCCGGCGGAGGGGAAGGAAGGAAGGACAGGACAGAACAGGACAUCGCCCGUCGCCCCCCUCCCCGCUCCGCUCCCUCCCUCCCUUUCUUCCCCCCGCCGCCGCGCACGUCCUCACCGAACCCGGCCGGCGACCCGUCUGGAGCCCUGACUGUCCGCCCCGACGGGAGACGGAAGGAGACCCCGGCUCCGGGCAGCGGGGCGGGAGCUCCGGGGCGGGGCAGAGGCGGGGCCGGCGCGGGAUGUGCGGGGCCGCGGGAGGCGGCGCGGUGCCUGAGGGCUCGGCUGCACACAGCGGCGGCACGCUGGGCCUCCCGGUCCGGGGAUCCCUCCACGCUGAGCCCCUCCUCCCUGCCCCUUUCCCUGCCUCCCUUCCAGCCUUCUCGGCUCUCCAGAGAACUCCCACAGCUCCCUGCUUCAAGCGCGUCACGUUUUUUUCAGUAA